AUGCCAGUUCGUGGUCGAGUGUUCAUUUUUUGGACAAAUACUAUGGAUGAAUUGUCGGCGAAAGCUUGUCCUCGCAGUGGUGGUGUCUGGAGUCCGAAUCAUUUUGCACCACUGGUUCAGCCUCAACAACGCUUUCAAACCUCACCAACACAGGAAAUCUCCUCAAUCUUAGAGAGUCCGAGAAAGGCAACGACAAAAAACAACCAGGCAACAUUUGUGCGAGUGCCGAAUUUUUCACCACCGCCUCCCGCUCAAAGGGUUGCCAACACAAAUGCAACAUUCCCGUCAUCUUCAAAUGAACCACAACCGGCUCCACGGAACUUCGAUGCAGAAAGAAAGCACCAAGAAAGGGCUAAAGAAAAUGAGCAACAAAGACUUCAACGUCUUGCUGAUGAUCGUCUAGGCAAAGUGUCAGCUAGAUAA